AUGGGUAAAGGAGGGCAUAAUACAAGUAUUGAUGGUAAUCAUGAUCAACAAUUAGAUACAGCAACAUUACCAACACAUGUACGAUUGCCAACAUUAUCCGAAAUAAAAGUUAAAAUUCCAGCUCAUUGUUUUCGUCCAACUGUUCGUCAAUCGAUGAGCCAUGUUAUUAAGGAUAUUAUCUACGUUGCCCUAACAUUUUUUGUCAUGUAUCAAAUACAGAAAUUCUUUAAAUAUGGAUUUUUAUUUUUUCCUAUUUAUUGGUAUAUACAAGGAACCCUUUAUACAUCAUUUUUUGUACUCGGGCAUGAUUGUGGACAUGGAAGUUUUAGUUUCUAUCCGUUAUUAAACGAUAUUGUCGGUACAAUAUUACAUUCAUGGAUAUUAGCACCUUAUUAUACAUGGAAGCUUACACAUAAUCAUCAUCAUAAAAAUACAAAUAAUAUUGAUAAAGACGAAGUUUUCUAUCCACAACGUGGUACACCACAUGAACCAUCAUUUACCGAUGAUCUUUUAUUUUGGCUUCCUGGUUGUGGAUGGUUUUAUUAUUUAUUUUGUGGUUAUACACCGAGACCAGUCAAUCAUUUUAAUCCACUCGAACCAUUAUUCUAUAAUAAACAUUUAAUUGGUGUUUGUCUUUCACUCGGUACUUAUUUAGGAAUGUGCUAUUUAAUGUAUCUUUAUGCAUGUUCUUUCGGUUUCAUUAGUUUACUUACUUAUCAUCUUAUACCAGUGUUUAUUUUUGCAUGUUAUAUGGUUAUUAUAACAAUGUUACAUCAUACGGAAAUUGAUGUUCCAUGGUAUGCCGAUUCUGAAUGGAAUAAUGUUAAAGGACAAUUAUCAACUGUUGAUCGUCAUUAUGGUCAUGUACAUUCAGUAAUUCAUUCAAUUGGUACACAUCAAAUUCAUCAUCUUUUUACAAAAGUACCACAUUAUCAUUUAGAAGAAGCAACUGUAGCUUUUCGAAAAGCUUUUCCUGAUCUUGUACGAAUCAAUGAAGAACCAGUUUUGGUUGCAUUUGCACGAAUGUUUAAAAUCUUUAUUACACAACGUGGUAUUGAGAAAGAUGUUCGCGUAUUUUCAUAUUCAGACAAUACCAACAAAAACAAGAAAAAAUCUUCAUAA